GAGAUGGCUGCGGUGCGGUGUGACAUGUGUGACUGCGAAUGUGGACUUCGGCAUGACUGAAUUCUGAAGCAGCCGAACGUUACUUCACAGGUUUUAGUGCUUCAAACAUGCAGAUUGUAGUUCAAUAGAAUUUAAAGAGGUGAGGAAAUACACAACGCAGGCUAGGCGUUUCUUGGUGAAUUUGAAGAAAACGAAGAAAGCAGAGCAUCUGGCUGAGAAUGGCUGUCACAAGGCUGACGAGAUCACUGCUGAAUGACCAGAGAGUAGCUACAUGCAUUUGGCAUCAUGUUCAGUGGUCCAGUUUGCACACAUGCACCACUGCAACAGGACCGACACUCACCUUGUCAUGUAGCCAUCGGUGGAGGACAAGAAAUUACAACCAACCACAUCCGAGAGCAUUCUCUAACAUGGCAAGGUUGCAGGACUUUUGGGGAACGGCACCAGUAACUUUUCAUCUUCCCUCCCACAAAACCGCUCUUGCAAAGUCCGCCUGCCCUGCAAUUUCCUUUGUCUCUUCCCGGACGUUACCACGCCGAUGUUUAAGUGUGGAGUCCAGCAGUUCUUACGGCUACAUCCCAACGCCCGUUGAGUGUAGUUAUGAGUUUCUGGAGCGCUUGCAGGAGACGUCUGCAUUACCGUGGUGGUUGACCAUCCUCGCAACCACACUACUCGUGCGCGGUACGCUGGUGCUCCCGUUCGCCGUCUGGCAGCAGCAAGUUCUAGCCAAGAUCGAGAAUGUCCAGCCGGAGAUAAACACUCAUGCUGAGCACAUGAAGCAACAAGUUGCGUUGAUGGCAAAGGAACUGAAUUGGUCACAAAAGGAGAUGGCUAACUUCUAUAGUCAACAGGUUAAAUUCAUUGUGAAGAGACUACAUUUUGACAACAGAUGCCAGUCACGGAAGAUCUUCUAUGUCGGCUUCGUGCAGGCAGGCAUUUGGUCAUCACUGACCAUAGCCAUUGGCCAGAUGACCGGCAGGUACCCAGAACUCUUUGGGACAGAGCCAGAUGUUGACUAUAUACCAGAGCUGACUACCCAGGGUGCACUGUGGUUCUCAGACCUGACGCAGUUUGACUUCCUGAUGCCUGUAAUGCUUGGCUUGGUCAAUCUAGCCCUAGUUGAGAUGUGGUCGUUAAGGCGUGGCCCACUGACACUGUUACAACAUCGGCUAGUUAACUGGUUCCGUCUUGUCUCCCUGGGAAUGGUCCCCAUAGCAACAAUGAUGCCAGCGGCUCUUUCCUUGUUCUGGCUGUCAUCAAGUCUAGCUGGCCUGGGACAGUACGCCCUCCUGCGAUGGCCCGCCUUCCGUCGACUAGUCAACAUCCCCCAAUCGCCCUCCGAGAUGAAACACCCCUGGCAGGAAAUGAGGCAAGCGUUUCGAGUCAGAUAUUUCUCGAAGAAGAUGUUUUGAACUGGGAGAAGAAUCUGUGUUUGGGAGUAAAAUGAGCCAACAAAUCUUCAACAUCAGGAGGGAAUAAUGCCACAGAGGAAGAAAUCUGACUUGAAGAUUUUAAGCGAGCAGCGGUGUUAUGUGCGCCUUGAUUAAAGGCUACCGUGAUUCAGCCCGAGGUGCUGUGUCUAUUCUGUAUGUACAUACCGGUAAGCACUGGAUGCAUUUCAGUGAUCGGUUACAUUGGUAUCGUGCGAGCGCGAUCGGUGUACAUAAUUUACAUGAUUUAUUCUCUCAAAGUGACUGUGAAGGCAAAAACUAAUCCUAUUACCAUUAAUGUGUAAACUGACAUUUUAAGGGAGUACACUGGUUUUGUGUUGUUAGUAGGCAUACAUCCUGUUAAGGUUACGUUUCAGCUUUUGUCGGUGAAAAUAUUGGAUCGAACAUCGGCCGAUGUUCUGAUUAAAACAUCGGACAUUGGAUCAGCGGUUAAAACCUACAGCAGUUGAUCCCUAAUCUAAAUGCAUCGCUGACACAGCAGACUUCCCUGUCAGAAUCUAGUCUCCUGUUCAAAGACAGUGGAUGGUGACUGAAAUCAUAUUCAGUGAAUAUGAUUUCAGUCACCAUCCACUGAUCACUGAUGCAAUUGUUGGCACAAUUACCAUACCCUACAAUGAAUACGUGUACUUUUUCCCUCAGGUCAGCUUGCAGCCGACUGAAAAAGACUCUUCAAAGUCAUGUGUUCCUCUUUUUAUUCCCAAUUUUUUGUCUUCGCCGCAGCUUACCAGAAUGCAAAUGGACGUUGUUCUUUAGAGCUUUUAACAGGAAUUUGUUUUAAAUGAAAUUUUUUUUUCAAUUCUAAUAAAGUAACAAUUGAUAUUUUGA